CUGUCGCCAUUUUUGUCCGGCGAGCCCACCUUCGAGCAGCAGAGGCCAUUCUCUUUUUCCGCCCCGAGCAAGCCGUCGGUUUCCUUUUCAGCGAACAACCCGGAUUGUGAAAUUUCAGCCGGCGACUUCAGCGAGGUCGGCCGUCGCAAUCAACGGGAAGCACCCGGCCAUCGCCGGAGGUGCGGCCUCAGUCCGAUAGCCACAUCAAAUCCCGUUCGAUCAGCCCCUACUCGCCAAGAAACCCAGCGGAGAUGUGUCUGUUCACGUCGGGAAUUUACCCAUCCAGCGUCGGCAGUUCCCGCACGCGACAGUUCCUUCACCGCCGGUCUUCGUCCGCAACAGCCGUCCCUUCACGUCAGCGGCGCCGUCGUCAUUUCAAGCUGGCGACCAUCGUUUUUCCUUCCAGCGAGCAGUAGCGGCCCUCUUGUUCAGUAUCGGUGGGAGAUUUCGAGCAGCGGGUCUCGUCUUUCUUCACCAUUGCCGACCCAGGCCGAGGAGCAAUAA